CCAACCACCACGUUGGCUCGUUCUUUCACCUCUUAUCUCUCCGACUCUCAUUAGUCCAGCCAAACAAACCUCUCAACCUCCAGCUUCAAUGGCGACAAAACAACAAUUCCAAACCCAGAAUCCCCAAUUACUUCAACUCUAAUUCACUAUUUCCAAUCAAAACUCUCAACAAAUCACAAGAGUCACGCAAUACAAUCUUAAUCUUAAUCUUAAUCUUAAUCCGUUAUAUAUAUAUAAAACAUGUUUUCGGCAAAUUUAAGCACAUCUUCUUCCUUAAUCACACCCUCAACUUCAACUUCAAAACCCCACUUCCUCUCUCCUCGGUUUAUUCCCACCAUCUCAAUACAAUCCCGUGCACCCGAUUUCCCGGCAGCUUCCUCCUCUUCAUCAUCUUCUUCUUCUAAUUGGUUUCAAAUCCCCGACAUUUCUAGACCUCGAGGGAACGACGCCGUUUCAGGGAGUAGCAGCAGCAGCAGUAAUAACGACGAGCCAAUGUUGAAUGGAAAAAUAGAGAAGAAAUGGUCGAGGAAUAGAGAGAGUUAUUUAUUUGACGAUUCUGACCCUCUUCCUCUUCCUAUGACCUAUCCCAAUACUGCCCCUACGUCUCUUGAAGAAAUCGAUCGUCGUCUUCGUUGCGAUCCUCUAACUGAGGAUUGUAAGGUGCCUGUUUUUGAGUGGACGGGGAAGUGUCGGAGUUGCCAAGGAUCAGGGUAUGUCAACUACUACAACAAAAGAGGGAAGACUACUUGCAAAUGCAUACCAUGUAUGGGAAUUGGAUAUGUUCAGAAGAUAUCGGCCAGAAGGGAGUUUGAAUCGAUGGAGGAUUAAGUAAUAGAAACCCACCUUGAUCUCAUUAGCGACUUGUUAGUUCUUCUUGCUUCAAUGUGUAACUCUGUACAUUAAAGAAUAUUCUGAUGAGAAAUGUUCCUAUAACCAUAUUAAUAUCAAAUUUAUAGGGGAAAAAAAGAAGAGAAUUUAUAAAUUUUGUUACGGCAGCAUCAGAGCUUCUUAAUCUGGAACUUUUUGUUCCAUAUUUUGUACAUAAUCUUUAAAUUGUAGGGUUGUUUAUGCCAAGGUUGAAGCCUAGAAAGGGUCGAUGCAACCUGGGAAGAAACACAUUAACGUCCUCAUGCUACUUAUGCUGAUAGGAUUAUGUACUCUUCAUUAGUAUACUUUGUUGCCAUUCCUGUCAAUUAUUUCCUUGUUAGCAAACA